AUGUUUAAUAUUUAUAUAACAAGGAAUAUACAUAAAUACAUUAAUAUAAUAGAUCAUGCAAAUUUAAAAUUAGUUUCUAAACAGUGGUAUCAUUCACUAAACUCUAAUCAUCAAUGGUUAAUCUAUAUCUUGAAUGAAUUGAAACAAGAUGAUCAGGAAGAACAAGAAGAGUCAUCAUCAUUAUCAUUAUCAUUCCCAAGAGUAAAUAUUAAAUUUACAAUUCAAGAUGAUGUAUCAUGUGGAUUUAAAGAUGGCUACUUUAAACAACUUUAUAUCAAUCUUUUUGGAUCAAGAUAUCAAUCAAGAUUAUUAUUUAUCAAAUUAUUAAAUUCUUCAAAAGAAUAUAAUGAAAUGAUGAUGAUGGUUCAAGGUGGAGGAGAUAAUAAUAAUAAUAAUAAUAUAUUAUUAGAUUUCUAUAGACUUCAAAGUCAAAGAUCAUCUAUUAUUAUUGAUGCUUUAAAUACUCAAUUCUACUAUCCAUUGGUAGAAUCAAAAGUGAUUGUACCAAUCAAGACAAUACUAUUUACUCCAAGAUUUAUAGAGGGUAAUCAAAAGACGAUUAAAUCUCUACAACAAUCAACAGAGGUAAAAGGAUUGGUCAUGUUGGAACAUGAUUUCUAUUCAUUUACUACAUCUGGUACAAUCGAUGGUGUCUACCAACCAAAAGAUACAAUGUCUACAAAGAAUCCAUCUAGUAUGUCAACUCGUGUACGACUAGUCAUUCAUAACCCUCAUCAACGUCAACAACCACCACAAACGUUAUUGUCACUCCGAUUCCUAGAGAUGAAUUAUAGUUAUGAAUUCUUGGCGUUUCUCAUUCACUAUGGCUUCUGUUCUUGUUGUUUUCAAGAUGCACCUCAUCAAAACACUUUGAUUCCAGAUAAACACAAUAUCCUAAAUGUGUAUCUUCAAUUCAACCUGCUCGAUGUGUUUAAUCGUAGUCAUCCAGUGACAUGUCUCACAGUCCUAGAGGGUCGGUACCACAACACCUCUCAGGAGGAUUUCAAGGAUAACCAAGAUGACGACACCUACUACAAGAUAAGAUAUGGUAACUUUCUUCUUGCCAAAUUGUCCAGACGUGAUAUCGAUCAAGCUGCAUCAUUUAUCGAUAUUCCAAGUUGGCAACUACUCGAGAUCAUCGGUCAAUAUGAUCAAGCCAUCUUUAGAGAUCACAACUUUUAUAAUUGUUCAAAAAAUAUUCCAAGAUUAAAACAACAACAAGAUGAUAAGGAUUCUUUUAACAAUCAGCCAUCUCCAUCCAACUUAUCAUUUUCUCCUGUUCAACCAUCACUUUAUAAAUAUUUAUUGGAUUUUAAUUGUAAAUUAAAUACUUGGUUAUUAUUGAAUGAAAAUAAUGCAAGUAAAGAAAUGAAAGAAAUUUAUAUGAAUUUAUGGAGUAAUAAUUUAAUUAGAUAUAUUGGUUUAAAGAAUUCAACAUUCAAGUCUAGUAGUAGCGGUAGCGGUGGUGGAUCUUUAUCUGGAUAUGGAAAUCCAAAAAGAGUUCGUUGUCAAUUUGUGAUACAUCCUCCUGGUCAACCAGUUGACUACUUGGUGAUUUUUGUCGUCUCGACUAAAAAGCUUAUAAGUCUGACCGUUGAACACUCCAUACCCUAUCAAACAGAUGUCUUGGUAAGAGAGACCUAUUUUGACAAGGAACUAGCUCCAACUGAAUUUAAACUUGCUAUGGAACCUUUCAACAAGGCCUUGGUAGACAUUUUCAAAUUCCAAAAUCUAUCAACCAUUGAUUUUAUUAAAUUCCUAUUACAUCUAUCAAAUGCAUCAUCAUUUUUAAAGGUUCAAUCCUAUACUAGUGAUUUUGUAACUUUGGCAAUUUCAAAUAAUGUGGUGAUUAAAAUUUUAUUUAACGUCAGUGGUUUGAACGACCGUAUUUUCCACGCGUUUACUAGAAGAGUGUCUAUUUUUGUUUUCCAUCUCUCUCAGUUAUCAAUCAAUUUUAUUUAUUUACAUUUAGAGAAAAUAGAGAAAAUGCAAAAGGAAGAAGACAAGGAUGAAAUUCAAUUUCAAUUUAAAAGGUUGAUGAUUGCUUCAAGUUUAGGUGAUAUAGAUUCGGUAUACGAUAUAUUAAAUCUAUAUUGUACAUCUAGAUGUCAUCAUACCAACAAUAAUGCACAAUUGGUGUUGAUAGAUCAAGCAGAUUCUUCAAAUAAUGGUCAAAAUAGAUAUUGUACUUGUAUAAAGGAAUUGAUUAAUAGAGUUGAUCAGGAUGAUCAAGAUGGAAUGACAUGUUUACAUUUAGCAUCUCAAAAUCAUCAUAAUCAAGUUGUAAAAUUAUUAUUGAAAUAUGUAUCAGAUAUAAAUGUAAUUAAUAAUCAAGGACAAACAGCAUUACAUUUGGCAAUGAAUAUGGAUAGAGAUAUUUGUGGAGCAGAGAAUUUGGAAUUGAUACAAUUGUUGGUGAUCAAUGGUGCCGAUGUUUCAAUGUUGGAUGGAUUUGGAAAUACCCCUGUAUAUUAUGCGUCAAGAAAUGGUAGAAUUCAAAUCAUUCAAUGGUUAUUAACAAAUCAAUUAAAUCAUUCAAUUAAUCUUGAUGUAUUUAAUAAUCAAAAUAUAAAUAAUAUGUCAUAUGUUGUUUGCCUGCAAUUAGUACAUCUACUACAACAACCACUUUAA